CGCCACGCUCCCCAACCUUAAUCAGCAGCCCACAAAGGCAAAGGUGGUACUGCCAUCACUAUCUUCAUAAAAAAGAUCAAAAAUUAUCAAAAUUAUUGCCUACCCAUUAACCAAUUGAUUGAUCAAUCAAGAGAUUGAAUCCAUGGCUGAAGCUGAAGCGGCAGAAUCUCAAAAGGGUUUCUUCAAGAAACACUGGGAAGGAUACAAGGAGUUCUGGUGUGAAAGAUUUUCCUUUUUGAACAACUAUUCCAGAUUUAUCAAGCGUGAGAAGCCUCUUCCCUCUUGGACUGAUUCUGAUGUUGAAGAAUUCAUUGCCUCUGACCCUGUUAAUGGACCAGUUCUUAAAACUGCUCGUGAAGCUGUUAAAUAUGGUGCUGUAGGCAGUGUUGUAGGGGCAGUUACAACAGCAGGCUGGGCGUGGAAAUACUCGAGAAGUCUCCAUGGUAAUUUCUUAUUUGAUUUCCUUUGUCUUUAACACUCUUUAGUUGCCAAUGAACUAUGAUGAUGUGGAUAAUAAUGUCUGUAAACUCGAGUUUGUAUAGUACCAUGGAGAUGGUUCUGUUAAACAGAUAGAAAUAGUUUCAUUUGCAUGAAUGCUCUAUUUGGUUAAAUCUUUCUGCAUGUUAGAAUAUGAUAGAAUGCAGGCAGAAUAUUCCAAAAGUUUCUGCAAACUGAACUCUUUAAUCUGCAGGAGGGAAAUGUAACUGAACCUCAAAUUUCUUAUUUUGUCUUUCACAAACUUUUAGCUGAAUAUGAUUGCUGUAUGUAUUGCUGCAUGACUCUAUAUCAAGUACAUGGCUUAAAGUUAGUGAGCAUGCAGUAGUGUAGUCUUCUUGGGUUGGUUUUUCAAUCAAGACUAUCAAAUGAGGAUAUUUUGCUCAAUUAAUGUCAUCAAGGACAAAUUGUAUUCUGUAAACAAUUGCAGAGGUUCAAGAUCAUGUGCUAACCAAUUUACAUUGACCUUGAGAUUCUCAGACUAACUUCUGUCAGUAUUAGCAGCAUGCGUUGUGUUUUGUGUUAUAAUUUAAACCUACCUUCACUGUUCUUUUCGGAAUAAAACCUUUCGGAUGGUCAAACCUUAGGAACUCGAUAGUGGUGACCUUUUUUUAAGAUAAGAAAGAAGAGGCUGUUGGAUAUGGAACAAUUCCGCAUUCUCAUGUAGAUGACAUCUGUUUCUGGCUGAAACCAGCUUUAAACUGUGGCGCUGUAAAAUGAUUUGCAGUGAAGAAACAUAAUAAAGUUUUCAUGAGCUUUAGGUUCUGUAUUUUUGGCUUUCUGGUGCAAUUACUUUUGAAGGCAGUUCUCUGUAACUUCUUUCUGUCAAGAGAUAGUCAUCCACAUUGUCAUGUUGGUUUCUUCUGUUUAUUGUU